AUGGCUGGUUCCAUGAGGGUGGCAGAAGGAAUGGAAGCCUUCAGGGCUGGCAGCCUACGUUCUGCCAGCAAACACAUGUUCCAGAGGAGCGAGAGUGUAUUUGUGACGUCGGCUAGCACUCGACGUAGCAACGAUGAUGAAGAAGAUCUCAAGUGGGCCGCCCUCGAGAAGCUUCCCACAUACAACAGGCUUACUCUUUCUCUCAUAAAGCUAGAGCAAAGCAAGAGUGGACGUCUUGUCCAUGAUCAGGUGGACGUGAGGAGCAUAGGCCUUGAGGCCCGCCAGGAGCUGCUUAACAGGAUCGUUCCCAUUGCUGAACAGGAUAAUGAGUACUUUGUGCAGAAGCUUCGAGACCGGAUUGAUAGCGUGGGAAUCACACUGCCAGAAGUUGAAGUACGCUUCGAACAUCUCAGCAUCAAUGCAGAAGUCUAUGUGGGAGGCAGAGCAAUGCCUACCCUCCUCAAUUCAACAAUGAACACACUGGAGAGUGUUUUGAGCUGUUUCAUGCCAUUCAAGAGCAACAAAAAGCCAGUGAACAUUCUCAAGGAUGUAAGCGGCAUCAUAAAACCUGGAAGGAUGACUCUUCUUCUUGGUCCUCCGGGCUCGGGAAAGACUACGCUUUUGUUGGCUCUAGCUGGGAAGCUAGAUAAAGACCUCAAGGUUUUGGGAAGGGUUACCUACAAUGGAUGCACAAUGAAUGAAUUCGUCCCCCAAAGAACAUCAGCUUACAUCAGCCAGCAUGAUCUCCACAUUGGAGACAUGACUGUCAGGGAAACGUUGGAUUUCUCGGCCCGUUGUCAAGGUGUAGGCAACAGAUAUGAUGUUCUAACCGAACUUUCGAGAAGAGAGAAGGAUCAAUCGAUUAAGCCAGACCCAGAUAUUGAUUUCUUUAUGAAGGCAGUUGCAUUGGAGGGUCAAAGGGCAAGCAUAGUCACAGAUUAUACCUUGAAGUUGCUUGGGUUGGACGUAUGUGCCGAUACAAUGGUCGGAGAUGACAUGAGGAGAGGGAUUUCAGGUGGUCAGAAGAAGCGAGUGACGACUGGUGAAAUGAUUGUAGGUCCCUCCACAGCUCUUUUCAUGGACGAAAUAUCGACAGGUCUAGACAGCUCAACAACCUUCCAGAUUGUCAAGUGCCUCAAACAUAUCGUACACAUCUUUCAGUCGACCAUGGUCAUCUCCCUCCUCCAACCAGCACCAGAAACAUUCAAUCUCUUUGAUGAUGUUAUCCUCAUUUGUGAAGGCCAGGUAGUCUAUCAUGGCCCCCGAGAUUCCAUUCUCGAAUUUUUUGAGAUGAUGGGCUUCAGAUGUCCUGAGAGGAAAGGUGCAGCAGAUUUCCUUCAAGAGGUCACUUCAAGGAAGGAUCAAUAUCAAUAUUGGUUUGACAAGAAAAAACCAUAUCAUUACAUCCCAGUCGAUGAAUUCUACAAAGCUUUUCAAUCAUUUCAUGUGGGAAAGGAUCUUUAUUCAGAACUCAUCAUCCCUUAUGAGAAAUCGAAAGGACACCCAGCCGCACUUGUAAGGAAAAGGUAUGGGCUGCCAAAGAAAGAGCUCUUCAAGGCCUGCUUCGACCGAGAAGUUCUGUUGAUGAAGAGGAGUGCAUUCAUCUACAUCUUCAAAGCCAUACAAAUUAUGAUGAUCGCAGUAAUAACGAUGACUGUUUUUCUCCGAACGGAGAUGGAUCACAAAUCUCCAGAAGACGGGUCUAAAUAUAUGGGCGUUCUUUUCUUUGGACUGGUGAACAUCAUGUUUAAUGGGCUUGCUGAAUUGCAGAUGACAAUAAUGAGGUUGCCAGUAUUCUACAAGCAGAGGGAUGCCAUGUUCUUUCCUGCAUGGGCAUUCGCCCUUGCCACAUUUAUCAUGAGGAUUCCCGUGUCUCUGCUGGAAUCGUCCGUUUGGGUGAUCCUAACGUACUACACUGUUGGAUUAGCACCCAGCAUUGGAAGAUUCCUCCGGCAACUGCUUCUAAUGUUCAACCUUCAUCAAAUGUCACUCUCCCUCUUUCGUUUCAUUGCUGCAUUGGGACGGAGUCAGGUUGUUGCAAGUACCUUUGGGGCAUUUGCACUCUUGGUCGUAUUUGUUCUAGGUGGUUUCGUAGUCUCUAGAGAGGACAUUUAUAGUUGGUGGCUCUGGGGAUAUUGGUCAUCUCCUCUAAUGUAUGCUCAGAACGCCAUUGCAGGGAAUGAAUUUUUAGCUGAGAGAUGGAAAGAGGGUGGUAAAGAACUCCUAAAGCUUAGAGGAAUCUUCACUGAAGAGAAAUGGUACUGGAUUGGAAUUGGAGCCCUUGUGGGAUACAAUGUUCUUUUCAACAUUUUGUUUACUCUGGCACUAGAAUAUCUAAGUCCUCUUGAUAAGCCUCAAGUAGCAAUCACAGAGAUUGACCAAGUGAGUGAUGAUGGACAAACUAAAAGAGAUGUCCAAGACUGUGGAAAGAGCAAUGGCACUGAGAACAAGGGGAUGGUGUUGCCAUUCAAACCUCUUUCCAUGGAGUUUGAUGAUGUGAAGUACUUCGUUGACAUGCCUGAGGAAAUGAAACAGCAAGGAGAGGCAUUGGAUCGGCUCCAGCUUCUGCAAGGAGUGAGUGGGUCCUUCAGACCAGGUGUUCUGACAUGUUUGAUGGGUGUUAGCGGUGCUGGGAAGACCACGCUAAUGGAUGUUCUUGCUGGAAGGAAAACUGGUGGAUACAUCGAGGGUUCAAUCACAAUUUCAGGUUAUCCAAAAAAUCAAGAGACUUUUGCUCGUGUUAGCGGUUACUGUGAGCAAAAUGACAUACAUUCACCCAACCUCACUGUUCAUGAGUCUCUUAUCUAUUCUGCUUGGCUUCGGCUGCCUGCGGAUGUGGACAUACAGAGGAGAGAGAUGUUUGUAAAUGAGGUCAUGGAUUUAGUCGAACUGAAUAAUCUCAAAGGCGCAUUGGUUGGUGUUCUGGGUGUUAGUGGACUUUCAACGGAACAGAGAAAGCGUCUCACUAUCGCUGUUGAACUGGUAGCAAACCCUUCCAUUAUAUUCAUGGAUGAGCCGACUUCUGGUUUAGAUGCUCGAGCUGCAGCAAUAGUGAUGCGGACCGUCCGUAACACGGUUAAUACCGGGCGGACUGUCGUGUGCACCAUUCACCAACCUAGCAUUGAUAUAUUUGAGUCAUUUGAUGAGCUGUUACUUAUGAAACGAGGAGGGCAAGUAAUUUAUGCAGGUCCACUUGGAAAACACUCCCAAGAGCUCAUUGACUACUUCGAAGAAGUUGAGGGUGUCCCAAAGAUAACUCCUGGAUACAACCCAGCAACAUGGAUGUUGGAGGCCAGUUCAAUAGCAUCAGAGAACCGUCUUGGGGUAGAGUUUGCUGAAAUCUAUCUUCAAUCCUCUCUCUAUCAGAAAAACAAAGCAAUGAUCGAGGAGCUGAAGCAACCAGUCCCAGGGUCUGAGGAUAUCCACUUUGAAACCAAGUUCUCACAGCCCUUUUGGGUCCAAGCUAAGGCGUGCCUCUGGAAGCAGAACUGGUCGUAUUGGAGGAACCCUCAAUACAAUGUCGUUCGGUUUGUAUUCACUCUUAUGUGUGCACUACUCUUCAGCACCAUAUUCUGGGAUAUGGGUAGCAAGAUAGAAAAGCAGCAGGAUUUUCUCAAUGCCAUGGGGUCAAUGUUCUCUGCGGUGCUUUUCCUGGGUGUCAAUAACGCAGCGUCAGUGCAGCCAGUGGUGGACAUUGAGAGAAGCGUUUUCUACAGAGAACGAGCUGCCGGCAUGUUUUCAGCUCUUCCUUAUGCAUUGGCUCAGAUGGUCGUGGAGCUGCCUUACGUCUUCGUUCAGUCUGUUAUGUAUGGAGUUAUUGUCUACUCAACCAUUGGCUUCCAUUGGACUGUAGCCAAAUUCUUAUGGUUCUUUUUCUUCAUGUUCUUUACCUUCCUUUACUACACAUACUACGGGAUGAUGACCGUCGCCUUGACUCCUAAUGCCCCCUUCGCUGCUAUCGUAUCAUCAGCUUUCUAUGGAAUUUGGAUGCUCUUCUCUGGUUUCCUAAUCCCAAGAACUAGCAUUCCCGUGUGGUGGAGAUGGUACUAUUGGGGCUGCCCCGUUUCUUGGACGCUCUAUGGUUUGGUGACCACACAGUUUGGAGAUAUAACGACCCCCAUGAUAACAUAUGCUGGGACGAAGGUUGCCUUGAAGGAUUUCUUAAGCACCUCAUUUGGUUUUGACCGUGACAUGCUGCCCCUUGUUGCUAGUGUAACUGUCGGCUUCGCUCUUCUUUUCGCCUUUGUCUUUGCUUUCUCUAUUCGCACUCUCAAUUUCCAGACUAGGUGAGGAGGCAGAUAAGUGUCUGUCUGUAUUUGAUCACAAAACUGUACUAGCAAUCUCAGGCCUAUUCUUUUUAUUAAUUUCCAAUUCCUUGGUAAUCUUGUAAAAGAAAGAUUUCUUCUUCUUCUUCUUC